CAGUGCCCAAGGAAUGUCCUGGCCUGGGCCUUUGCUGGGAUUGGUAGGCGUCAGGCUUCUCCAGAAUGAGGCACACAGAGAUCCCAGGUUCCCAGGCUCUCGACCAGGAUGUGUGUCAUUUGUUGUAACCGAGUCCUUGUGUCAAAGCAAACUCCUUAACCGGCUAUGCAGAUACGGGUAUGUGACCAACUCCAAGGUGAAGUUUGUCAUGGUGGUGGAUUCCUCCAACACAGCCCUUCGGGACAAUGAAAUUCGUAGCAUGUUCCGUAAGCUGCACAAUUCCUACACAGAUGUGAUGUGCAACCCCUUCUACAACCCUGGUGACCGCAUCCAGUCCAGAGCCUUCGACAACAUGGUGACGUCAAUGAUGAUCCAGGUCUGCUGAGAGGCGGCUCUGCUGCUGAAGACAGACGUGUGCACGCCUGUUUGGAGUCGGCCAUCCCUGCCUCUUGCUGAGUGUGACAGGUGCCCCGGCGGUGGCCUUGUGCCACGUCCUCCACUAAAGGCCUUGUGAGCUGA